AUGCCACCAGAAAUCAGUUAUCAAGACGGACCAAUGCCGCCAAUGCCACCAGAAAUCAGUUUCCAAGACGAACCAAUGCCACCAGAAAUCAGUUUCUCAGACGGACCAAUGCCACCACUAAUGAGUUAUCAAGGCGGUCCAAUGCCGCCAAUGCCACCAGAGAUCAGUUUCCAAGACGGACUUCUGCCGCCAAUGCCACCAGAAAUCGGUUUACAAGACGGACCAAUGCCACCAGAAAUCAGUUUACAAGACGGACCAAUGCCAUCACUAAUGAGUUAUCAAGACGGUCCAAUGCUGCGAAUGCCACCAGAGAUCAGUUUCCAAGACGGACCACUGCCGCCAAUGCCACCAGAAAUCGGUUUCCGAGACAGACCAAUGGAACCGAUGCCACAAACGUCACCAGAAAUCAGUUUCCAAGAUGGACCAAUGCCGCCAAUGCCACCAGAAAUCAGUUAUCAAGACGGACCAAUGCCACUUAUGCCACCAGAGAUCAGUUUCCAAGACAGACUACUGCCGCCAAUGCCACCAGAAAUCAGUUAUCAAGACGGUCCAAUGCCACCAAUGCCACCAGAAAUCAGUUUCCAAGACGGACUACUGCCGCCAAUGCCACCAGAAAUCGGUUUCCAAGACGGACCAAUGCCACCAAUGCCACCAGAAAUCAGUUUCUCAGACGGACCAAUGCCACCACUAAUUAGUUAUCAAGACGGACCAAUGCCACCAGAAAUCAGUUUCCAAGACGGAUCACUGCCGCCAAUGCCACCAGAAAUCAGUUUCCAAGACGGACCAAUGCCGCCAAUGCUACCAGAAAUCAGUUUCCAAGACGAACCACUGCCGCCAAUGCCACCAGAAAUCAGUUUCCAAGACGGACCAAUGCCACCAAUGCCACCAGAAAUCAGUUUCCAAGACGGACUAUUGCCGCCAAUGCCACCAGAAUUCAGUUUCCAAGACGGACUUAUGCCACCAAUGCCACCAAAAAUCAGUUUCCAAGACGGACUUCUGCCGCCAAUGCCAUCAGAAAUCUGUUUCCAAGACGGACCAAUGCCACCAAUGCCACCAGAAAUCAGUUUCUCAGACGGACAAAUGCCAACACUUAUCAGUUAUCAAGACGGUCCAAUGCCGCCAAUGCCACCAGAAAUCAGUUUCCAAGACGGACCACUGCCGCCAAUGCCACCAGAAAUCGGUUUACAAGACGGACCAAUGCCGCCAAUGCCACCAGAAAUCGGUUUCCGAGACGGACCAAUGGAACCGAUGCCACCAGCGUCACCAGAAAUCAGUUUCCAAGAUGGACCAAUGCCAACAGAAAUCAGUUUCCAAGACGGACCAAUGCCUUCAGAAAUCAGUUUCCAAGACGGACCAAUGCCACCAGAAAUCAGUUUCCAAGAUGGACCAAUGCAAGCAGAAAUUAGUUUCCAAGACAGACCAAUGCAACCAGAAAUCAGUUUCCAAGACGGACCAGUGCCACCGAUGCCACCAGAAAUCAGUUCCCAAGACAGACCAAUGCCACCAGAAAUCAGUUUCCAAGACAGACCAAUGCAACCAGAAAUCAGUUUUCAAGAUGGACCAAUGCCACGAGAAAUCAGUGUACAACACGGACCAAUGCCACUAGAAAUUGGUUUCAAAGACGGACAAAAGCCACCAAUGCCACCUGAAAUCAUAAAUCAGUUUCCAAGUCGCACCAAUGCCACCAGAAAUCAGUUUCCAAGAAGGAACAAUGCUCCCAAUGCCACCAAAAAUCAGUAUCGAAGACGGAGCAAUGCCACCAGAAAUCAUUCUUCAAGACAGACAAAUCCCACCAGAAAUCAGUUAUCAAGACGGACCAAAACCACCAAUGCCACCAGAAAUCAGUUUCCAAGACGGACCAAUGAUACCAGAAAUUGGUUUCCAAGACGAAAUAAUGCUCCUAAUGCCACCAUAAAUCAGUUUCAAAGACGGACCAAUGCCACCAGAAAUCAGUUUUCAAGAAAGACAAAUGCCACCAAAAAUCAGUUAUCAAGACAGACCAAUGCCACCAGAAAUCAGUUUCCAAGACGGACCAAUGCCACUAGAAAUCAGUUUACAAGACGGACCAAUGCCAGCAGAAAUCAGUUACCAAGGCGGACCAAUGCCAGCAGAAAUUAG